AGCAUGGUAAGAUGGGUCGUGAAGGGUAUUCACGAAAAGUGAGCUUCCAUGUGCUGAAAGCAGGUACCUAGUUCAAAAGGACCUCCGCAUUGAUAUGAUCAGAAGAUCUUCAAAAUCUGAACGGUCUAAAGAAAAACCAUAUUAACUUCCAAAAUAAUGCCUCUGCCUCUCCAGCCAUCUCCUUUCUCCGCACUGGAGUGCGCGAUCUCGAGUGUUUUGGAUCGCUGGGACUUUGCUGGUGGACCUCCUGACGAAAAAACCGAAAAAAAAGCGGAGGACAGCCUCGAAGACGACGAGCUACUCUCUGAAGGAGCAGCCGACGCCUUAAUGGAGAAUCAUCUUCAGUUCGCUGACGCCCUACGAGAAAUCGCAGAUGAGGAAGAUCCAUCAGCUCUGGCCUCCUCUUCAGGCUGUGAGGAUCCUGCAUGUGACUCGGAAAAUCUUUUUUCUUGUGAGGACCAGGCAGACGACGACGAGCGUGAGCAGCUUUUUCCGAAAAGUGCUAUGAAUAGCGGUAAAGACGACAGCGAAGGAGUUGAUGAUGGGCCACACGCAUCGUGUUCCUCUACUUCUAGUUUAGUUUCAUCACCUCUGGCUGCAUCGAACGAUGGUGAUGCUGGCCUUGACAAUUUCCGGGUGGCCUCAUCUUCAGAUAGUAGAAAGGAUCAUGAUGAGGAACAACUUCUACACGAUUACGAGGACAACAUCAACGAAUGGGAACAGGCAGCUGUUGAGGAUAAUGACCAAUCCACCCUCCAACCGCAACUACUGCGUGGUGGGCCAGCUUUUCUAUUCUCCACGCACGAGGAGGGUGCUACUAGCGUAUCCUCUUUCGGAGGUCGACAACAUGAUCUCCCUGACGUCGAUGGGGAGUAUGAAGUAGUACCAAAACCAAAUGAUUAUAGAGGAACAAGUUGUAGGAGCAGCACUACAACUUCUACUACUAGAGGAAGAACGAUAUACGAUGGUGCGGGAGAAGGGGAUAAAGUAGUAGGAGGAGUGCUAGAUGUCGACAGCAUCUGCAAGAAAGCAGAACGGAUCUACUCAGAAGCAAUGAAAAUAGGAGAAGACGUAGACGAUGUGGAAGCGGAGUGGUCUGAUAUCGUUAAGGGUAGGCUAGUGCAGGUGGUCUUGUUACCGUUUGCUAUGUCUCUCCUAGUACGGGAGACAGGCAUAACAAACGGGACGACACAGAAACACCAAAAGGCUACCUCUAGUAUCGGGCUGGUUCCUGAAGUAGGUGAAGCAGCAAGAGGAGCUUCUUCGUCCUCUUCGACAGCACGACGGGACUUCUACCCAAAACGCCUCAACGCAGCUGCUGCUCUCUCAGGAACAAGUCAACGCACAUUCCUUUUCGGCCCAGCUGAGAGCAAGCAGGAGGAAAGACAUCGACCAGUUUUUUCGCUAAAGGAUCUGCGCGACCAUCCAGAUUGGGCGUCGGAACCUGCAGCCUUUAGUCUAGACUUGGUCCAAGAGGAUCUGGAGAAAAUACAGAAGCAGGCGAGACUAAAAUUUGCUGAAUAUGUUACGGCAACAUACUUGAUUGUGGAAUAAUUUGAAGAUGUAUUGUAAGAUAAGACUUUUGACUAUCUGAGGUUCACAAGAGUAUUGUCGAAUGCAGCUCGCCAGAAGAUGUCGCUCUUGUUCCUCGUCUGCCAUUAUUGUGAAUACCUGAGCAACAAGCCCCAUGCCCAUGGGAUGAAGAAAAUCAAAAACGACAGUAUCUCCGUCGCUUCACCUUAUAAUCUUGCUUUCUCAAUGACUGAUAACCCGUCAUCAUCUGCUAAUCUCUAUCAGCAGAGAGUCGUGCUGAAGGAUGAGCUGCGGCUAGUCGGGGACGAACUCGCGGCUGGUUAUCGGGCAAGCGCCACCAGAAUCCGGAUGGGCAUUGACGCUGAGAUCAAUGAAACCUCUGCUGUUGCGAGAUUUCUCCGGUGUAUCCUCAAUUUAUGGUCGUGGAAAAGUUUCUGCAUCUGCAAUUCGCAUUUAUACAGUACUUAGUCUUAGUACUAGUACUAGUUUCGAACUACAAUUGAUUUUAAGAUAAACCUUUGGGAAACCUUUCCCACCAACAAGUUGUAGCGACCCACCUCAAAUGAAGAAUCAAAAGAUGAACGUGGCGUCCCCAGAGACUAGUUUCUUUCAUAGAUCAACGGACCACUGGGCCCACCAGAGGAGCAAAGUAUCUAUUACCUCGGUCCAAACUCCCUCGGCUUGGCUGAAGACGAUACAAGUGCAGCCAGACUCAACUUAUGACGACUCCCCAGAGUAAAGAAUAGUUGACCAACAUGAAGAACUGAGAACGCGACGAAGCAAUGUUGAACGAAGGAGGUUCAUAUAAUCUCAUUUUUAUCAUCCACACACUCACACCGUGAUGAAGGUGAAAAUUUGAUAUACAUAGAAGAACACUAUGUCGCUGUCGGUGCUGAGCUCUCUUACGGACAUGACGCGCCAUUGCUUCUACCCUUCCUGUUGACCCUCUGUCCUUCUCCUCUCAUAUUUGGACUUCACUCCACCGGAAGAACCGGUGGCGGAGCUUCCCAAGGAGGCUCGGAAUGCAGCUUUGAGCCUUGCUUCUCGCGUGCACGAUUACUGGAAGGCGCUGAGUGAGAAGCUGCGGGUGCUUUUAUGUUGCGUCGAUAAUACUCUUUCUGUAGUUGUUGUUGAAACUGAACAAACUAUCUGAGUCCUAGUAAAAAUGAUCUUUCUGUUGACUCCUGCUUUGUGCCCGUAGGAAGGUCAGGUUGCAAAUUAUGCAAGGGAGCAAGCCAUAUGCCCGGUUCUCCCCUUGUCCUUCCGGUCUCUUCUUCAUGUCCCAGCCUGAUGCAAAGUGUUUCCGACAAUUUGUUAGAGACGGAGAAGGAGCUUGCUGUGGCCACCGUUGAUCAAAGCGACCUUCAAAUCGUGCUGCAUUCGGAAGAGCUUCAUUCCUAUCCAGCGUCCGUCUACGAAGAUCCCCAUAAACUUGGGAAGAAAACUGGAGGAUUAUGACAAAAGGCUUGUUAGAAAUAUAAUUCUUCUAGGUGGUAGUUUUUUGACUUCACGGAGGAAGUACUAGAAGGUACUUUGCUCUUGGAUUAAAUAGAAGGAGGAGGAGACAGGGACAAGUUUGUUAUCCCCACUGCAGCACACGGAUCAUGAACCUGGCCCUGUACCUUUUGUAGUCCUUCUAUAAUCCUCUGUACCUUUUGUAGUCCUUCUAUAAUUAUCUGUACCUUUUGUAGUCCUUCUAUAAUCCUCAGCAAUAAGCAGUACCAGGAAUUGCUGGAGACAAAGGCGAAUUUGAGUGGCGGCAACCUGGCAUUCCGUCGAUCCGAGUUCCUGAAGGCAGCCGACAAAAGGGAAAGAUACAAGAAAAAGCUGUCUUUGCUCGGUGAAAGCGAAAGCGACCUGGGAGACCUUCUUCAGUACGUCUCCAGCAAUGCACCGCGUGAGCCUUCGCUCCUCUACAAGCCGUUCGAUCCGACCAGCGAUGUGGAGAAUUUCUAUGGACUGAGCGCAGGAGACGCCUAAACAAGUCAGAAUUGACAGCACCGCAUGUUCUCCAGCAUUGGUCAACGCUUGUGACUGUUCCUUCGAUCGCUGAUCAACGCGAGUGAUUCCUUCUCCAAAUUCAUCUUCAUCUCCCUCUAUAAUACCCGUCCUCUCCCUCCUUGUUUAAUACUCCGCUUUUCGUUUUUCCUUUUCUUGUGUCUGCCUGAGCAACCUGCUCAACAAGAAAAGAUCAUGGGUUUUGGAAGAACAACGAUUCAAUUAUAUUAUACUUUUCUUUCAUAUCCCUCUAGAGCGGUACAUGUACGAAGCAGAUCGAGCCAGAGCAGCCCACGAACUUCGGUUGAUGCGCCACAAGGCAGAUCUCCUGCAAAGAAUCCUCGAGGUCCAGGACAGCAUGCGAAGGGAGAGCACGUCUCAACUCUGCGCCGUGACUGAGUCUCUGAAGACGGUGAAAGAGUAAGGCUGCAAAUGACCACCAAGUAUAUCGUCAGGUUAAGCUAACAAGAGAGCAACAGUCAGACUAAUUGUUCAAAAAUGGUAUCUAUCAUUCGAGAGGAUACUUGUUGAUAGUUACCCUUUUCUCUUUUAUAUCUUCCUCUGGUCUGUCUUUUUUCUAGUUAGGUCGGCUCCACCACAAUCUAUCAUUAGAGAGGAAAGCCGAAAGCGAAAGCGUGCCCCUAGAGAAAAAGAUGGAGAAGAUUAGAGUCCGAGGCAUCUUAAUGAUCAAAAAGUAAAUAUUGUUGUUGAUCCACUCCUUCCUCCCUGUUUCAUUCCUGACUCGUGAUGACGAACCGGGAUAUCAAGUUCGUGGAUGGCGGCGGCACCUACACGCGCACGUUGUUGAAGGAUGUGGAUCAGGGGAACGUGCAGGGAAUCCGCUUAGUCGGUGGCGCGAUGCAGGGAGGGAUGGGACGCGUAGCGCAGUUCGAAGAUCCAUCUACUAACAUUAGGACUCUUCAGAUACAGAUUAGUAACCCAGUCAUCUUCACAGGUUUCUUUGAAGGACCUGUUGAGAAUCAGAAUCUCUCAAUACGCUAUUAUAAAUCAUGAUCGAUGGAAAGUUGUUCUUGUUCCUGUGAGCUGUUCUAAUAGAAUGGCUGUUAGAGCGGGGGGUAAGUCGGCGGAUUACACCGCUGGAUCCGUAUUUUACGACCCCUAUACCAGAUACGACAAGAGAAUGGGAAGAAAGUACUAGUACAUUAUCGGACUAUAUCGGAUUUUUUGUCUACUUCUCUGUCUUAGCAAGCUAGGUCCCGCGGUAAUAUCCGACUAUAUCAAGCAAUUCAGGCUCUUAUACAAUUUGUAAUGUUGAUAUUUUUGCAUCUUCGGUUCUUUCAUGUACAAGAAACUCCACCUCUACUACUAACUUUCAGAUUACCACACGCGAUUCAGCCUACAGUUCGAUUUGGUCAUGCAAUGCCACCCACGUCGAUAGGGAAUAGUCUCCGCCAUCUGAAUACAGUGAGUGCAGUGAGAAGGAAAUUAUGUUGGGACUUUUUUUUAGCAUUUUCCAUACCCAUACCCAUUCAUAAAAUACUGGAGUUAGUGCUAAUCUCUGUUGAAAUGGACACGCAUGGAGUAGCAUGGAGUGCAUGGAGCGCAGAGGACCCAUUAAGGGGCGCAAGAAGCUCCCCCUUUAGCUCCAUGCUACUCCAUGUGAUCCAUGCACUCCAUGCUACUCCAUGCGUGUCCAUUUCAACAGAGAUUAGAAGAUGACAACGCGGACCCGACAUUCUUCUAAUCUCUGUUGAAAUGGACACCCUGCUAGACCGAUUCUAUGAUAAUCGACUGAGGGAGCGCAAGCGGACUGGUCUCCUCUCCGAAAUCGAAAUUCAUAUUGACGUUUGCCUCACCGAAUUAUCACAACUAGAGGAGGUUUAUAACCGGUAACUACAUUUAUUUCAUUUUGAUAUUAUGCUGAUGAAAGAAGAAUGAGAAACGAGGAAGAUUAAUGCUGAAAGGACACAAAUUCAAAUGAAAAAUUAGCAGUGGAGUAGCUUCUAGUACUAGGGUCAUCUUCUACAACUUGCGCAACUUUUACCUUGUCCAGGUUAGCAUUGAAAAUCGACAUGGUUGAGGAGGAAGUCUAUCGCUUGGAGGUUGGGAACUCCGCUGAGCGGUCCGCAACGGAGCGCAAGUACCUU